GGCAAAGAAAGAGGGGAAUAUAGAUAUACAAACGGUGAAGAAAGAGCAAAACAGUUAUCCUCCCUCCACACACACACACACACACACAGAUAAAAAUGGCGAUGGCCUCCAUAACUCGCUCCAUCACCCUCACUCCUUCCGCCAACAUUUUUCCCUUCCUCCCCAUUUUUCCCGCCAAACCCAAAUCCCGCCAAACCCACAUCCGCUGCAGCAGCGCCGACGAAAGCGGUAGAAAUAAUAAUAAAAAUAAUAUGUCCGAGAGGAAACCCUCGAGGAACCCAAGAAGGAAACCUUCGCACGGUUUCUCGAGGCGGUCGGUAAUCAAGAAAAGCUUCAGCCAGGAGCAAGUGGAGUUCACGUCCCCGAUAUCGCGUGACCCAGUUGUCGGAAUCAUCGGUGGUGGGAUGUCUGGUCUUGUCUGCGCUCUUUACUUGGAGAAGAGGGGCAUCAAAUCCACUGUUUUCGACACGGGAAGUCAUGGAUUAGGAGGAAGAAUGGGAACUCGAACUAUCGAUCCGCAGUCGUUAAUAUUCGAUCACGCAGCACAAUUCUUCACAGUUACCGACCCUGAAUUUGCUAAGAUGGUCGAUAUUUGGACUAAAAAGGAUCUUGUUCGUGAAUGGAAUGGACCAAUAGGAGAGCUUGACGGUGGUUGUUUUAAUCCACUUCCUUCUUCUCCGUCAAGAUAUAUAGGUGUUAACGGAAUGAGGCCUCUUUCGGAAUCCAUAUUAUCCGAGACUUCUAUGGUGAAUGUGGUUCGGCCAUGUUGGAUUAGUAAACUCGAGCCGUAUAACGGGACAUGGUACUUGAGCGAAAACGGAAAGCCUUGUGGGCAGUUCGACGCGAUUGUCAUUGCACACAAUGGAAAAUGUGCGAACCGAUUGCUUUCUUCGUCAGGGUUACCCUUAAUCGCAAGACAAAUGAAGAGGCUCGAUUUGAAUUCAAUAUGGGCACUUAUGGCAGCUUAUGAGGAUCCUCUUCCGAUUCCUUUUGAAGGUGCAUUUGUUAAAGGAAUCGAUUCUCUGUCGUGGAUGGCUAAUAAUACUGCAAAACUUUUCGGUUUGCAAAGCGGUGGGCCCCACUGCUGGACCUAUUUCAGCUCGGCGGCUUUUGGGAAGCAGAAUAAAGUCCCUCAAGAAAGUAUUCCCACUACGACAGCAGAAAAGGUGAAGGAAGCCAUGUUUCAAGGUGUUGAGAUUGCUUUAGGACUCGACAAAAACUCACUUAAACGGCCUUUCUACACUCGACUACAAUUAUGGGGUGCAGCUCUUCCGACAAAUUCUCCCGGGAUUCCGUGCAUCUUCGAUCCUCAUGGACGAGCUGGCAUUUGCGGUGAUUGGCUACUGGGAUCUAGCUUAGAAUCUGCUGCCUUAAGUGGCAUGGGUCUUGCUAAUCACAUUGCUGAUUAUUUGCAAAGCGACGGAACAUGCCCAGAUGAUUUUGCUGUAGGUUUGCACAAUGAAUUUCAACAACUUAAUGGAUAUGAUAUAGGGCAGUUUCCGGGACUCGAGCCGAAGAUACAAGUAAACGAGGCUCGUGAUUUGCAGCUUACCACAUAAAUUGGCGAUUAUUCGCACGAUACGAAGCAUGCAUAUAUAAAAUGAAAAGAGAUGCUUGAGGGAAAAAAGGGUGUUUGCUUCAGUGCCAAACGAACCCUUGAGCAAAUGUCGAAUUUCUUCGUCUCUUUCCGGAAGGGAAAGCUAAUACGAUAUUCGAGCUAUUAAUAUUUGGAGGGUUUCUGAAAUUCCGCUGAUCAGCUGCUUUUUUGGAGUUGCUUCAGAAAAAGGUUAUAUACAGUAUUUUGCUUAAAUUCGAGAUAUUAAUAUUGUCAAUACGUCGGUGAUUAGCCUUUUGUACCACAAUACGAAUAGUGUUGAAUUAGACUUUAUACGACUAUUAGAAUUCUAAUCGGAGCUUAGAGAUGACGUUGUUAGGUAAAUGUUUAAUUGGAUAAAUUUAAAUCGAAUUACUAAAUUGUGUUGUUUCGAAUUUUUUGUUUUGGGACUUUCGAUACGAGUAAAAGUUUGGCA